AUGGCAGCCUUGUAUCGGUUGCUGCUGGCAGCAGCACUACUGGCCCGCCCGUCCGAGGGUGAGUGGGUCGAGAUCCCGCACCUGAAACCAUCGUCCGCCCCAUCAGCGGUAACAUCGUCCAUUACCACCACAAUCAAACCAAUCGCCUCGAUCAACGGUCACGGGUUGACCCACUCGCAGCGACUACUAUCACACCUGCACGACGAUCGGGCGACAGAUGGUCGAUGGUCUGUCGGUGCCGCCCUACGCUGGCAACGUCCCGUGAGCGAUCUGCUCGACUACGAACGUCCAAGCAAACGGGUAUCACAGCCAUCCUCACCGUGGAUUACACUGGCGAAUGUGACCAAUAAGGUGGAGGAGCUAGGUGAAAGCGAAGAAGCGGAGGCUGACCAUUAUCCGGUGGUGCAGACGGAGCUACUUCCGUUCGGCAAUCGGUACGAGGAAGAAUCGAUUGAAACGGCACCCGCUGUAUCGCAUACUUCCAAGGCAGCGGUACAACCAGUGCAACAUUUCGAUGACUUUGAUGACUACGAUGAACGGACACCGGUAAAGCAACGGCCCUCAGACAGUGAGAAGCAACAGCAGUACGUCGAAGAAGACGUCGACCAAGAGGAUGCGAACGAGACAGCAGAAAAGAGCACGGAGCAUUUCCAUCGAAAGCGACCGAUCCAGUUGCAACCAUCACCGACCGGGUUUGGUGGAUUUUUCGAGUUUCUGCGCAGAAUGCAGGCCAGCUUUGUGCAGCGCACGGCACACACCAUCGGUGACAAGAUACGAACCCUCGCCGGUAUGCGUGAUCAGCUGCUAAGCACCAUCGAGCGACGUAUUGCCUCGCUGUGGAUAGGCGGUGGACGGCGGCGUGUCAAGCGCGGCUGGAUGGAACCGCACGGCGAGACGGAGGCGAUGGAUUUCCCGUCCGCCGAAGGUGCGCUGCUUACCAUCUCCUUUCUAACGUUUGCCGUCUUUCUGAUCAAGCUGGUGCUGCAGGUGAUCAACACGAUCAAGGCGAAACACUACACGUACAGUACGUUUGCCGCGGCCACACCCGUAUCCGGGGGCUUGCUGGUAAAACGGACGCGACGCUACGUCGAUCCGCAUGAUCUGCAAGCAAUUCUCGGCACGAUUGACGGUUACCGGCCGGUAUAG